AUGGAGCAAAAUCAAGUCCCGGAUCUCGCAGCAGUGCUCAGGACGCUCGCAUCUUUCGCACCUCCCGCAGCAGCGCAGGCUCAUUCAUACCCAGACGCACCCACUGGAGACCUCUCUGAGCAGUACCAACCCGACCAGCCUUAUUUACUGCCUGGAUUGGCCAUAUCUCUCCAUGGCCACGAACUUUCCAAGGGCGGUCCAUCGCUAGAGAACGUAACACAAGAAACAUUACUGCCAAAAGAUCCCCGGCUGCGGCCACAGCCACAGCACAAAAGCAGUAUACCACUCCCCACCGCUGCUACAGUAGGACCACCCACUCCACUCAUAGACCCGGCCAGCAUCACCGAAUGGCGACAGGGCUUGCGCUGUGUCAACAAGAUCUCAGCGCAGAACCCGAGCUUCAAGCGCGUUAUACAACAUAUGAUGGCCGAGCAACUAAAACAUGAGCAGGAGUGGUAUGUGGGCCGAGUCGAGCUGCAAAAGAGGCAAGCUUCUAGAGUGCAGGGGAACCAGCAGCUAGACAGUAUCUUGAAAUCAGUGGGAGCGAUCCCUGUUACCCAAGCGAAAGCGCCGACAGCCCAUGAGAACGAAGCGGAGCUUCAAGCGUACGAUGUAAAGGUGUACCGGGCUAUGAAGGAGAUGAACAACGCACAGGCUAUCGAGUUAAAGCGUCUUGGAAUCCCUUUCUUCGGCGUACCACUAGAGCUCAUCAAGGAGUUAGAUGACGAUAUGAGCAUCGCUCCUCAGCGACCGGGGUUCGCAGCAGGACCGAAGGUUACUGAGACCGAGUUGCUUGAUUUGCAGCGGAGGAUGAUCGUGUACCUUGAGGACAUGUACAAAGAGUAG